AUGGCGGCCUUGCGAUGCGCGCUUCUCUCCGUUGCAGGCAUUGCUUUGGCAGCUGAGGAGUACCAAAGGAAGUUGCCGGCGUUCCCCUUGCGCACCAGCGGGCGCUUCAUUGUUGACGCAAAUGGAACGCGAGUACGACUUCAUUGUGUCAACUGGUAUGGGGCGCAUUUGCCACAGAUGGUGGCAAAUGGGAUGAAUUACCGAUCACCAGGAGAUAUUGCCAAGACGAUAACAGCAUCCAGCUUCAAUUGCGUUCGGCUGCCGUUUAGCCUGGACAUGCUGGGCAACUUCACCGUGCCACAGCCGAAGGUCUCCUUAGCCGCCUGUCCAGAGCUGCAGGACAGUUCUCCUCUCGAGAUAUUUGACGCAACUGUGCUGGAGCUCACCAAGCACGGUGUCAUGGUCAUCCUCAACAACCACAUCUCUACCAGAAUGUGGUGCUGCAGUAGCUCUGAUGGCGAAGGCCUGUGGUACACUGCCAAGUAUCCAGAGGAUGCAUGGCUGGACGCGAUGGGCUUCAUGGCCAAGCGCUACCAGGACAAUCCCCUGGUCAUGGGCUUUGACCUUCGGAAUGAGAUCCGCCCUUCAGGCCUCAUGUGGCCUCACUGGGGAACCGGCGGGAAGACAGACUGGGCCAAAGCGGCUGUAAGUGGCGCACAGAGAGUACUGGAUUCCAACGCAAAUAUGCUCAUCAUCAUCUCCGGGCUGUACUUCAGCAUUUUCCUGUGCCAGGUUCCCACUUAUCCAGUGCACACGGAGGUCCCUUUGCUGGGGCGCACUGUGUACACAGCUCACGAGUACAAUUGGUUCAACUUUCACUUGGCGGCCAGAAAGAGUAUCGAGGUGUACAUGGUGAUUGUUGCGGCUGCGUUCCCAAUGAGCUGGUUGUGUCGGCAGCGAUGCGUUGGGCAGAGAUGCCAGAGAUGCAGAUGUCGAUGCAGAGCAUUCAGGUGUGAGCGCUGCAGCUCGAGAUGCUCGGUGUUCCGAGAAAUCGAGCCCUGCUGGGAGUUCUCAGUGGCCGCGUUGCUGGCGGCCCUCUUCGCGCUGAGUCUGAAGAUUCUUCCGCGCUUCUUACAGUCUUGCGAUUUCAACGGCUUCUUAGUGGCCAUCACUUGUGGCUUUCUGACUCCCAUUUGUGCACUCGUGAGUGCGGUGCUGUGGAUGAGAGCUGCCUUCCUGGUCAUCGCUGGUCGCAUGGAGCGAUCAGAGGCCCUGCAACUGGAGAUGUCGGCUGCGGUCGCCCUGCGAGGCGAGUCGCCCCGCCGAGAUAAUCACUGCAGCUUCCAGCCCCAGCGGCAUGCCAAGCGAUGUCGGUCCAUGACCUGCUUCUUGGCGAUUGUCAUCCUCAUCACGUUUGGCGCUCUGGGCUAUGUUUGGGUGGAGUUCGGGCGCUACCAGGCCUUCGAGCAAGAGCUUGACUUCAAGUGGGGCUUCUUGUUGUCCGCACCCUCUCCCGUACCUGUGUGGCUCGGAGAGUUUGGAGAAAACCAGGAAUCCUUAUGGUGGCACCAUAUGAUCAGAUACCUGCAGGAGCGCGACGUGGACUUCGCCUACUGGAGCGUCAAUGGAGAGAAGUACACUGGAGUACCUGAGAGUUUCGGACUCUUCAUGGAGGACUUUGUCACGGUAAGGCAUCCCUGGAAGUUGGCCCAGCUCCAAAGUGUGACGAAUCGCUCGGACUGA